CCCAAGAUGCAUAUGCCCCGGGACUCGUUCCCCACUGACUGGAGCCCACCUCCUAUAGAGUUUCUAAACAAGAGCAAGAAAGCACCUCCAACCAGAGGACCCCUGGAGGACUUGGAGAAGGACCCUCCAGAUUCCGACCGGAAGGUGGAGCUGGCCUCUCUGGAGGAGCUCUUCUGGAACAUGGCAGGUCCAAGCCAACAGGCUGGGACCCCAGAGAUUUCCUCUCGGGGCUCGGAGUGCUAUGUCAAUAACUUAGAUUACUUACUGCAAGAAAAAAGGGAGCAGGCUCUGGAGCAGGAAUGGGAGCAGCUGCUGCAGCAGGACCAUCCCAGGCUGGAGUCCUCUGCAUAUGAUGAUGACGAUGACAUCGACAGAGAAGCAGUGCUCAUGCCCGAGCACAGGAUGCUGGUGGAGAAGUUCUCCGUGUCCCUGCAGGUCAUUUCGCCAGUGCAUCCAGGUGAAACUGUAUUCUUGCCUAGGCGUCACCCUUUGCCUUGCUUCUUGGACUCCUCUAGUCUAAAGCCACACAGCCAAUUGGAAGAGCUGUUUCUCAGGUCCUCUCUGCCGGGGCAGCUAUCUUUCCUGCACAAUGGCCUCCUGAGCAACCUCUACCUACAUGCUGUUGAUUGCCCUCAGCCUCUGCUGCGGUGGCUGUUCCAGUUAUUAACAUGGCCUCCAGAAACAUCUUCAAGAGCUUUUGGUCUCCUCUGGGAUCUCAGUAUAGAUGGACUGUUCCGUCAGCCUGAUGAAGACAUGCAUUUGUGGUGUCCCUCACUGCAGGAGGUCAAGGAGGUGUUCCGAAGCCUGGGAGCUUACAACCCUGCUCUGUACCCACAGGGGCCUUUCCAGCAGAGCUCAAGGGUGCUUGAGAGUGAGGCCAGUCUGGGCUGCUGGGAACCACAGGAUCCUCCCCAGGAAGUGGCCUUGGACAUUAAGUUGAGCUACAUCUACAGGUUCCUGAUCCUGUGUCUCCUAGUCCGGCCAACAUCCUACACUGACGCCAGCAUCUUAGGUCUGAUGGAGCUGCUGUGUCGCGCAGGCUUGGAUGUGGGGUUGCGUCUGCUGCCCAAGACUGACCUCCAGCAACUCCUGCUCCUGCUGCUGGAGAAUAUCCAAGAGUGGCCUGGAAAGCUCCAGCCCCUGUGCUGUGCCCUGAGCUGGGUGUCGGACCACCACCACAACCUACUGGCCCUUGUUCAGUUCUUCCUGGACGUGACGCCCCGGGGCAGGCAGCUAAGAAGUCAGCUGAGUCUCAUGGUUAUUGCCCGGAUGCUGGGUCAGGAAGAGUCACUUCCUCUCUCAGGAGAGAAGACCCAGCUAGCCUUGCUCAGCCAGCUCCUCAGCCUCAUGAGGCCGUCAUCCCUCAGGCAGUGUCUGGGCGCUGAAACUUUGCCAUCCAGUCUGGGGCAACAGUCAAAGGCCAGUACUGAACUAGACCACAAGAUCUGCUAUCUCUGCCACAGCCUCCUGACACUGGCGGGGGUCGUGGUCAGUAGCCAGGACAUUACUCCUGAUCAAUGGGGCGAGCUGCAGCUGUUGUGCAUGCAGUUGGACCGCCACAUCAGCACCCAUAUCCGGGAGAGCCCCCAGGCCAUGCACCGGACCAAACUCAAGGACCUAGCUACCCAGACUUACAUCCGCUGGCAGGACUUGCUGGCCCACUGUCAGCCCCAGGGCCAGUACUUCAGCCCUUGGAAAGACAUUUAA